CGCCGCCCAGACGCGCCGGGGCCUGCGGGCGCUGCCGGAGCCCGGCCGGGGCUCCCCCGGGCUGAGGAAGGUACCACCCGGCGGGGCGAGUGUCCCGGCAGCUUCGCUGCCUCGCUGCCGGCCGACAUGGACCAGCGCCUGGCCGAGCUGGUGGAGGAGCUCACCACCUCCGGGGAGCCGCGGCUGGAGCCGGGCAGGAUGAAGGAGCUGAAGAAGAUCUGCAAGUCGUCGGAGGAGCACAUCAGCCACGCCUUCCACCUGCUGGUGACGCGGCUGCAGGAGGAGCACGCCGAGAGGCGCUUCUCCGCCUUCCAGGUGGUGCAGGAGCUGUUCGCCAGGUCCCACCACUUCAGGACGCUGCUCAUCGCCAACUUCCAGGAGUUCCUGGAGCUCACGGUGGGCAUAGACCACGAGCAGCCCCUUCCCCCGCCCAAGGAGGUGGCGCAGAAGCUGAGGAAAGCGGCCAUCAAGGCGGUGCAGGACUGGCACGAGAAGUACGGGGAGGCUUACAAGCAGCUUUCCCUGGGAUACCACUUCCUAAAGCGGAAUAAGAAGGUGGAUUUUCAAGAUGUGCACGCCAGAACCGUGGCUGAAAGGAGGAGGGAGGAGGAGAGGCAAAAACGGUUGGAUAACGUUUACAAAGAAAAGGUCAAAAGAACUGAAAAAGAAAUGGAAGAAAUGUCCCAAGAGAUUGCUGAUACACUGACAGAGAUGGAAAACUGUUUCCAGCUUCUGAUGCCAGAUCCUUUCAACUUUGCUGUGAACGACACGGAACUGGAACCCAACAAACAAAUGUCUGCAUCUCCCUCAUCCUCCCGUGUGGAAGUUGACCAGUCCUGUUUUGGGUACAUGGAUGAUGAACAGCCGUGCUGCAGCAAGGACAUUCUCCCUGUUUCUCAGUGUGUCAGAACUGAGGGAAACAAAGAGUCAGAUGAGAAACAGGAGAAGCCUGAGCAGAAAGAGUUGGAUGGAGGCACACGCUCGGAAGUUCAGUCCAGUGACCCUGCUCUCGCUGAUGAUGAUUACCAGACUUUUGUUAGGAACCAUGGGCUUGUUUCACACAAGUACACUCUGGACCUUGAAAUCUCCUCAGAUAUAAAAGUGCAAGAGAAUGAAGAUAACACUGCCAUCAUAAACAGUGUCAUGGAUGCUCACAAACUUCUCAGAAAUAAGUUCUGGCCUUCUGUGCAGUCCUGGAUUCAGUUACUUACCAGAGCAGGAGUCAAUGAUGAUCGGCUAAGAUGUGCCAUUGAACUCAAGAAUAAACUGGAGACUGCUAUGAAGAAAUACAAGGAAAUGAACAUUUCCUUCAAAGCAAGAAAAAGAAAAGUGAUGAAAGCCUCGGAUGAUGACGACGAGGACGAGGAUGAAGAUGACUUUGUGGAGGUCCCUGAGAAGGAAGGUUAUGAGCCCCACAUUCCAGACCACCUGCGUAAGGAAUAUGGGCUAGAACCCCAGUCACCUCCAAAAGCUCCAGUGGGGAAGGUGUCAGCAGGACCAGCUCCACUGAGCUCCCGCACGCAGCCCAAAGGGAACGAAGAUGAACUUGAUCCAACCUGUGCAGCUGCCACACUGAGACUUAUUAGAGACAAACUGCCAAAGUUACCACCUCCUCACACCAGUGAAUCUGCAACUCCUGAGGCAGCAGCCUUGGAAGAUCCUGACGGUAAGAGAAGAAAACUAGAGGAAGAAAGAGCUAAAGCUCCCCUCAUGCCUUUUGGAUUAGAUCUUCACUACUGGGGAGAGGAUCAACCAAGUGCUGGGAAGAUUAUCAAAUUUACAUCUGAGCAUCGAUUUUGGGCACCCAGUGAAGUAGAGGAAGAGGUGGAAAACAAAGAAAUAACGGAAAUGUUAAAAACUAGAUACAUAACAUUCGCUGGCAAGUUCGAGCCAGUGAAACAUAAGUGUCGGGCACCAAUGCCCGAUGGGAGUCUGUGUGAAAGGCAAGAUCGGGUUAAGUGCCCUUUCCAUGGAAAGAUAAUUCCUCGGGAUGACUCUGGGAUUCCUGUGAAUGCAGAGGACAGAGCCAGAGAAGAAAAGAUGAAGUUUGAGAAGCAAGCGGCCCAGCCAGAGUGGAGGGAUCCAGAAUUCAUGAGAGAAGUUGAAGCUGCUACAGGACUGGAUCUUGGUUCCUCUAAAAAUAAUGGGAAAGGACAGAAGAAGCAAGGGAAGAAGAAAAAAUAUCCAAAUCUGACAGACCUGAAGCAACAGGCGAACACUUCUCGUUCCCGGCUUGAGAAGAAAGUCUUCAAUAAAGGUGCCAUGAAACGGGUCAUGAAAGCCAUGAACCGGGUGGACCAAAGAAAGCACGAGAAGUUUGCCAACCAGUUUAACUAUGCACUGAAUUAAACUGUUCAUCGUCUUUGCCCUUCAGUGCAACUGCAAAAAAACCUUGAUCAAAGAUAUUUGUGUUUAUACUAAAAUACUGUGCAAGGCACAUUUUUACAGGGGUCAUUUUAAAAUUGUUUCCAAUUUUAACUUAUUUGAUAGUGAACACUAAUUUUGGCAAAGAUGUGGUGGUACAGAAUGGAAUGCAUUUAAUAAGUUGAUAAUUAUUUGAAAUGUACAUGAAAUAGAGAUGUUUUGUGACUUGUACUCUGGGUAAAAUCUUCCGGUUUUGGGGGUUGGUUUUUUCUUUCCUAAGGGACUCUUGUAAUUUAUACUUCCUUUGCCAGCAUGUGUGUUUAAUUUGCCUCCAUGUUCAUGCCUUCAGAACAAAAAAAGAUACCUUAAAACCAGUUAGAUUUCUACCACAGAUGGUAAUGCACAGAGUGUUUGCUCAGCCUACUGUUCUAGAAACUGUGCCACAGCAAGCAGCACAGUGGUUCCUGCAGUACCUUUAAAAACCUCUUGUGUACACACUGAAAAAAUCCAAAUGUGUUCCACUCUGGAGUAGAGUUUGAUUUCAGCAAACUGAAAUCCAGGAGCUAAUUGAAAUUUGGUAGCUGUGGCACAGAUGGAAGUGCUGAAAUGACACAGGUCAUCCUGGUCUGCUUCUUGACUUCCCAGGAUCAUGUCCCAGUAUCUUUCAGAACUACUCCUGGAAGGCAUGUUGUAAAAGUCUGUAGAAAUAUGCAGAAUGUGCUCCAGUUUACCUGGUAUCAAAAGAGCAUGAAGUAUGAAGUUUAAAACAAUUAUUCCAGUAGCUCACUGUACUGGUGAACUGCCUGGCUGGGAUCAGUUACAGUUACAUUGGGCUGAUGCCUGAGAGUGUAUCUGAGGAUCCAGAUACAAACACAAGCAUCUGGACUCCUCCAAUGCCAGAGAUUUAAUGUGCAUACUGAGAUCAGGCAGCAGAAUCCAGUGUGGGUUGUAGUUCUUGGCUGGGUCCUUAACCAGACCUCCCAGACUUGCUGUGCUGGCUCCAGUCAUGUCUUAAGGAGAAUGAAUGAAACAUUGACCAGUGGUGCUCUUGCAAGAUUUCAUACAGCUUUAAGGGUGAAGGAAAUCCAGAGAGCCAUGAGGACAGUGUCUGAAAAUCAAUUUCAAAGUGAACUGCAAAAGUCUUCAAUGAAAUACUGAAUACAAAAUGGAAUGGAUUCUAUAGCUCUGUCUUAGUCACUCACCUGCUGGAGGUGUUACCUCAUGCAGACUACAAGAAUUAAAAAUGGAGAAAAUUUUAACAACUCAGUGUAGUUUCUGGCCACCUCAGACAAAAGCUAAUUUAAAGUUCUGCCAAAUACCUUCUGACUUGCACAAGUGUUGCUUAGAAAGCAAUUAAUGCUGAAUCUGGGUAGUUUAUCUUGUAAGAGCUCUGCAGUUUGGAAGACAUUUUGUUCUUUAGCACAGGUUGAUGUACUUUUGAACUACUGAAAAUAAUAAAAAGCCAAAAUUUCAAAUAUUAUCUACUGCACUGGAAAGCAAAGCCACUUCUGCUAUGAGUCUUGCUAAUGCAACAGUGAAGACUUCAGAUGAAAAUGUAGGUAAGGACAAACCAAGUUCAUCAUCAAGUCAGUUGAAUCAGCUUCUGAAUUGAUUUGAUUUCCUAUUAAGGACAAAGUCACACAGGAAAAAA